AUGUCUCUCCCUCGCCCAAAACCUGAAGAGGAACCAAGUUGCCCUGCCCGUCCUGUGGCAGAGGAGCACGCCUGUCUGCCCUCUCCUGGUGGGGAAGUGGUCCUGCAGCAGUUCGGCCAGCAGGAGAGGGAAAGAGAGGCCCCGACGGGCAGGCCGCGGGGUGGAAGCGGGCCUCUGCUGUGCUGCGAUCAUUUCCUGGGGAGUGCUGCACCAGCUGCAGAGCUCUGUCUGAGCUGUGGCAUCGCCAUGUGCUCCCUUCACCGGCAGCUGCACGCGAGGAAGGAGGCUGGCGCAGGCGGCGCAGAGGCAGAGCCCACACUCCCUCGGCCGCAAUGCCAGCGCGAGGAGCCAGGCACGAGCGUGCACAGGUCCGGGCUGGAGUCUCAGACAGCGGAGCUGAGGGCCAGGCUGCAUCUUGCUGAGGAGCUGUCCCGCAGGGGGAGGGAGGAGGAGGCGGAGGUCAGGGCCGUGAACGCGCGCCUGCGAGAGAGGGUGGCGCAGCUGCUGGAGCAGAUGGCCGCACAGGUGAGGGGCUACGGGGCCGCGGUGACAGAGCUCAUCGAGGCGGACCUGCGGAGGAGCGAGGAGGCCCUGAGCGGCACAGUCUGCAGGGCUGAGGAGCUGCGGGGACUGCUCAGCGAAGCGUGCACCCAGGCCCACACCGUCCUGGCCGAGACGGACGAGGCCGCCUUCUCCCGGGGGCUCCGAAACAUCCAGCCGCAGCUGACCCGACUGAUGGCCGAGCCGCUGGGAGAGGCCGCCGAUGUGCGCCUGAAUACGAAGCACACAUGCGCUGCGAUAGAGAGGAGCAACGCGGCGCUGAGGGAAGGACUGGGUGCCUCCCAGCGAGCCCUGCGUGUGGUGCUGAACCCCUCGGAGGUCACCCUGGACCCCAACACGGUCCACCCCAACCUCGUCCUGUCAGAGGAGCUGAAGUCGGUCACCUUCAGCACGACAAAGCAGCCGUACCCCCAACAUCGGGACAGGUUCAGCAGCUUCCUGCAGGCACUGAGCUCCCAGGGCUUCUCUGGCGGGCAGCACCGCUGGAGGGUGGAGACGGAGGACUGCCAGUGGCUGGUGGGCGUGUGCUACAGGGGGAUGGCACGGGUAGGGGUGGGCAGCGCCCUGGAGAGUAGCCCCGGGUCCUGGUGCCUGAUGUGGUGCGACAACCUGCUGAGGGCCUACGCCCAGGGCCGGGACACCCCAUUGAAGAGGACCACCGCCCUCAGAGCGGUGGAAAUUAGGCUGGACUACGAGGCGGGCAACCUGGCCUUCUACAGCACCGGCGGGAACCAGAUCCACCUGCACACCUUUCAGACCUCGUUCACCGAACCCGUGCACCUGGCCUUGCGGAUGAUGUCUCGCCAGCCCAAGUCACGCAUAGCCGUGUGUUCAUAA